AUGCCUUCACAAGCGAGAAACCAAAAUAAUGUUCCCCCUGAGGACCUCCCUUUUUUCAUUGCCGCCACCACAGCCGGCAUACGACAACAGCUCCGGGAGGCAGAGAUUCCCGCAGGCGGCCUCAAGUAUGAGCUCUACCUUCGGCUUCGUGCCAAUGGACUCAGGAUAUACAAUGAUAUCAGAGGCCCUCAUGACCCAGAAAAUUCCGACAGCUCCGACUGGGACUCCGAAGAGGACUCCGACGAGGACGAGGAGGGGCCCGACGAUGAUGAGUCUGAGAGUGGUGAGCCUGAAGACGGUUGGCCCGAAGAAGACGACUCCUCUAGCGACUCCUCGAGCGACGAUGAUCCCAACGAGCCUCCCUCCGGUGUUCGAAAGGGCAGAAAGCGCAAGAGGGUAGAUGAUGGAGCGGACGCAGAGGAGGACCUAGAAGACCCGGAGGCACCGAAGCCCGUGUCAUUGGCCGACAUGCCCGCCGAGUUGGCCAUAGACAUAGUCAGGAACCUCGACGCCGGAGGGGUGUUCAACCUGGUCGCGGCUUCGCCGCAGCAGUUUCUCCUGGGGAACGUCAACGCGUUCAUGCUCGAGGCCAUAGGCCGGAGGAGCGCCUCCGGCAGGAACGGGCUGUCCCUGCUGGAAUGGGUCGUGGUGCGAGUGGGGAACGAGGUCGACUUCCGGACAAACCACCGGGGCCUCGUCCGGCACGUGGUCGACGCCUACCUGGCGACUUAUCCCAGCUACGCGGCCCAGCAUCGCUCGGAAGAGCAUGGCGUGGAGCAGAUCAUGUACUGGCUGCGCGGGGUCGGCGUGGGUCCUGUGCUAGGGGCCGCCGUCAUGGAGGGCAAGGCGGACAUAGUGCAGCUUCUGAUAGUCCUAGGCGAGGACGUCAACGAAAGGACGGACGAUGUUUCACCCCUGGAGGAGGCGACGGUCCUGAUCAAGCCCUCGCUGCUCCACAUGAACAGCCUGCACAUCGUCUUCGCCCUGCUCGCAGCUGGCGCUGACAACACGUCGACCCGGGAGGACUAUCCCGAGCCGGAGCCUGCCACUGCUGGAUUUUCCACUACAGGUGUCGCGGCGACUGCUCAGGACCGCUUUAACCAGAUCAUGGAGGGGCCCAUGUUGACGCCGUUGAAUGUUGAACCAAGGCACUGGCCGGUUAUCCAGAACCCUCGCGACCUCACCAUCCGCCAGUUCCUGGCGGACGAAAGGUCGCCAUUUAUGGACAGAGUCAUGAUGGCUUUGAUCCUGAUCAUAACGCGGGACACGAAGUAUCCCUAUUUUGAAGGCUAUGAACCUGAAGGUUCUGAGGACGGGUCACAGGGUCCUGUAGCUUAG